AGGGGAGGAGGUGCACGCACGGCGGCCAUGGCUUCCACGAUGACCGCGGCAGUGACUCGCAGGAUCAAUGCUGGCCUCCAUGUCGAGCUAUCCAACGGCAGCGGCGUUGCCGAUGGGGAGAGCAGGCGCAGCAACACAGCAGUGGACUCACCCGUGGCCAAGCAGAUCAACGACGCUAAGGACAAUGAUGUCUGGGUGGCCGUCGAGGAAGGCGACAUGUCGGGGACCUGUGCUAUAGAUCUGUGCAGCCGGCCGGUGCUGUUCCGGACCAUGAAGGUCAAGGGCAGCAUCCUGCAUCCUUACAGGUUCUUGAUUCUUCUGCGAUUGAUCGCCAUCAUCGCAUUCUUCGUAUGGCGCAUUAAGCACAAAAACCACGAUGGCGUGUGGCUCUGGUUCAUGUCCAUGGUUGGGGACGUCUGGUUCGGCUUCUCGUGGCUCCUCAACCAGCUCCCUAAGCUCAACCCCAUCAAGCAUGUUCCAGACCUCGCCGCCAUCAGAGAUCAUUACGAUUCCUCCAAGCUGCCUGGCAUCGAUGUCUUCGUCACCACCGUCGACCCAGUGGAUGAGCCUAUAUUGUACACGGUGAACUCCAUUCUCUCCAUCCUUGCCACUGACUACCCAGUGGAUAAGUAUGCAUGCUACCUUUCAGACGAUGGUGGGACGUUAAUCCACUACGAGGCAAUGUUUGAAGUUGCAAAUUUUGCUAAGUUGUGGGUCCCCUUCUGUCGAAAGCACAGCGUAGAGCCAAGAGCACCAGAGAACUACUUUGGGGUGAAGAGGCAAUCAUACAUUGGAAGUAUGCAAGAAGAGUUCAUGAGUGAUCACAGGCGUGUGCGCAGAGAAUACGAAGAAUUCAAGGUGAGAAUAGACUCGCUUUUUACCACCAUUCACCAAAGAUCUGAGGCUUACAACAGCAAGAAUACCGAAAAAGAUGGUGUGAAGGCAACUUGGAUGGUUGAUGGGACACAAUGGCCUGGCACAUGGAUUGAGCAAGCUGAGAACCAUAGAAAAGGUCAACAUUCUGGGAUUGUUCAGGUCAUACUAAACCACCCGAGCCAUAAACCACAGCUCGGAUUGCCGGCAAGCAUUGGCAAUAAUCCAUUGGACUUUAGCAACGUUGACAUGCGCCUCCCCAUGCUUGUCUACUUAUCCCGCGAGAAGCGCCCCGGCUACAACCACCAAAAGAAGGCUGGCGCCAUGAAUGUGAUGCUCCGUGCCUCCGCCUUGCUCUCCAACGCACCCUUUAUCAUCAACUUCGACUGUGACCACUACAUCAACAACUCACAAGCUCUCCGCGCUGCUAUGUGCUUUAUGCUUGACCCACGCGAUGGCCAGAACACCGCUUUUGUACAAUUCCCACAACGCUUUGACGAUGUCGACCCAACAGACCGGUAUGCCAACCACAACCGUGUCUUCUUUGAUGGCACCAUGCUCUCCCUCAAUGGCCUGCAAGGCCCCUCCUAUCUUGGCACCGGCUCUAUGUUCCGUCGUGUUGCACUAUACGGUAUGGAGCCACCACGUUGGAGAGCGGACAACGUCAAGGUAAUAUGCAAAUCCAAAGAAUUUGGUAAAUCAACAUUAUUAAUGAACUCAAUGCUAGAUGGUGCCAACCAAGAGCGGUCUGACGAGUCAGUCAACAAUGAGCUGACUACCCUGAUGACAUGCGCUUAUGAGGAUGGGACUUCAUGGGGGAGAGAUGUCGGGUGGGUGUACAACAUCGCAACAGAGGACGUGGUGACUGGAUUUCGCAUGCACCGGCAAGGCUGGCGCUCCAUGUAUUGCUCCAUGGAACCAGCUGCAUUCCGUGGCACCGCUCCGAUCAACCUCACCGAGCGUCUCCUCCAAAUAUUACGUUGGUCAGGUGGCUCCCUAGAGAUGUUCUUCUCCCACAGCAAUGCACUCCUUGCAGGUCGUCGGAUACACCCCCUGCAGCGGAUUGCGUACCUCAACAUGUCAACUUAUCCCAUCGUCACGGUAUUCAUCCUAGCCUACAACCUCUUCCCAGUCAUGUGGCUUAUCUCUGAGCAAUUCUACAUCCAAAGACCAUUCGGCCCAUACAUCCUAUACCUCAUCACAAUCAUUGCGAUGAUCCAUGUGAUCGGCAUGUUCGAGGUCAAAUGGGCGAGCAUCACCUUGCUGGAUUGGUACCGCAACGAGCAGUUCUACAUGAUUGGUGCCACAGGUGUUUACCCGACAGCAGUGCUAUACAUGGCGCUGAAGCUCAUCACAGGGAAGGGGAUAUACUUCAGGCUCACGUCCAAGCAGACAGUGGCUUGCUCCAAUGACAAGUUCGCCGACUUGUAUGUCGUGAGGUGGGUGCCAUUGCUAAUCCCUACCAUUGCAGUUCUGGUUGCGAAUGUCGGAGCCGUUGGAGUGGCAAUAGGCAAGGCAGCGACCUGGGGUUUUUUCACAGAGCAGGCACGGCACGCUAUGCUUGGAAUGGUAUUCAACGUGUGGAUUCUUGUGCUCCUCUACCCGUUUGCACUUGGGAUCAUGGGACAGUGGGGGAAGAAACCUGCCACCCUGUUCGUUGUGCUGGUCAUGACCAUUGGUGCAGUCGUGAUCAUCUAUGUCACCUUCCAUGCUGCGUACCCAACAGGAUGGUCAGAAAUUGCAACUUCCCUUAGUAAAGCAGAAUCAAUGACUGGGUCAUCUGGGUAGGUAUAGUUCAAUUUGCUAAUGCCACUGCACACUCGGUGCAAUAAUUUGGAUGCUUUCAGCUGUGAUGUUAGCUCAAGUAAGGGUUGUAUUCAUCCAACGUUAGAUGUUGACAUGAAAUUUUUCAAGAUUUUUGUUGUCUCUUACUUUGUAUUUUAACUUAUGCGUAUGUGGUAUCAA